CAGCAUCAUUUGUCCCUUGUAACGUUUUCUCUAUUCAAACACCCCAACCCCCCUUCUUUCGAGUGUAGAGAGAGGGAAGGCGAGAGAGAGAGAGAGAGAGAGAGAGAGAGAGAGAGGAGAGGAGAGGAGGGAGAGAGAGAGAGGAUCCUUGGCACAGAAUCUAAACCUUUAAAUCUAUUCUGAUAUGACUACCGCCUGGCUGCUGAGGACCAUUCUUGCCUAACCGAGCCUCUAUCCAAAAGGAUUAUCUAAUGGUUGUUUGUUUGUGUUGCUGACCACACUGUCGGGAGGGUGCUGGGAAUAAGGAUCGCUUGGAACAGAGCUGGAUAAGGCACAGUGGGAUUCAACAUGAUCUCCUUGUGGAGGUGGCAUGGACCCGCUGCUAUGCCUCGCUGGGGAUUUUGUUGGCUUUUACUCGGGUUGUGGAGGUUCUCUGCCGCCUGCCCUUCUUCAUGUACCUGCGGCAGCUCACGGAUCACAUGCACCGAGCAGGAUCGAGGGAUUAUAGCAUUCCCGGUAUUAAGUUCAGCGGCUGAAAUGGAAAAUAUUACUGACAUAUACAUCGCAAAUCAAAACAAGUUGCGAAACAUCAGUGAUAUUGAUAUGGAUGCAUACAUGAACCUCAGAAAUCUAACUGUGGCAAAUUCUGGACUGGAGUACGUGUCACGUUUUGCAUUUCAUAAAAACACGAAGCUGCAGUACAUUAAUCUAAAAAAUAAUAAACUUUCAACGUUAUCCUGGAAGACAUUUCGACAUUUAAAUCUGACUUACUUUGUAGUGGCAGGAAAUCCAUUUCGAUGCUCAUGUGAUAUUGAAUGGCUGAAACUGUGGAAAGAGAGUGAAAUUGCUGGUCUUGAGACUCAGGAUUUGGUUUGCAAGGACAACAGUAACAAGAGGAUACUACUUUAUAAUAUGCGCAUCCCAAAAUGUGUCCUGCCCACAGCUCUGAUAAGUCCUUCCAGUGUAGUCUUACUUGAAGGGAGCGAUAUCACGCUGGAAUGUAACACUUCUGGUUCUCCAUCACUGGAAGUUAAUUGGUAUCUUGAUAACUUUGCUACAGUCUAUCAGGCUGACACUUUAGUGCAACCAGCAUCUCUGAAGCUAACUAACAUUUCUUACACUGAUAAUGGGAGAAGGGUAUUUUGCAGUGCAGAAAAUGUAGUGGGAGAAAGCGAAUCUUCUGUUCUACUGGUUGUACAUUUUCCACCAAAAAUCAUCUAUUUAGACAAACCCAUGUCCGAUCACCACUGGUGCAUUCCUUUCAGUGUAAGAGGGAACCCAAAACCAGAACUGCAGUGGUUUUACGAAGGAGCUGUUUUAAAUGAGAACGACUUUAUCCAGACAAAGAUCCAUGUUGUUAAUGACACUGACCACCAUGGCUGCCUCCAGUUGGAUAAUCCUACACAUAUCAACAAUGGCCAGUACACUUUGCUGGCUAAGAACCAAUAUGGAAUGGAUAAGAGCACCGUUUUUGCUCUAUUUAUGCGGACUCCUUGGGAUAAUGAUUCAGUCACAGAACCUAUAUAUUAUGAUUAUUCUCCUGAAAAUGUGAUAAUCAAUGGUACAGAAGAAAAAACUGAAGAAGGCAUCACUGUAUAUGUGGUGGUGGGCAUUGCUGCUGUAGCAUUCACUGGAUUUGUACUCAUGCUGAUUAUCCUGAAAUUUGGACGUAACUCAAAAUUUGGAAUCAAAGGACCAUCUUCAGUGAUCAGCAAUGACGAUGACUCAGCCAGUCCUUUACAUCAUGUGUCCAAUGGAAGCAAUACCCCCUCUUCUUCAGAAAUGGGUCCUGAUGCUGUCAUCAUUGGAAUGACUAAGAUUCCAGUCAUUGAAAACCCACAAUAUUUCAGAAGCACUAGCAGUCUACUGAAGUCUGACACUUUUGUCCAACACAUCAAGCGUCAUAAUAUUGUCUUGAAGCGAGAACUUGGAGAAGGAGCCUUUGGGAAAGUAUUUCUGGCAGAAUGCUAUAGCCUUUGUCCUGAUCAAGACAAAAUCUUAGUAGCUGUCAAGACUUUGAAAGAAGCCAGUGACAAUGCUCGCAAGGACUUUCACAGAGAGGCAGAGCUCUUGACCAACCUUCAGCAUGAGCACAUUGUGAAGUUCUAUGGGGUUUGUGUGGAAGGAGAUCCUCUCAUCAUGGUCUUUGAAUAUAUGAAGCAUGGAGAUCUUAAUAAAUUUCUCAGGGCCCACGGUCCUGAUGCAGUGUUAAUGGCAGACGGACAAAACAAUCGCCUGAGUGAGCUGACCCAGUCUCAGAUGUUACAUAUUGCUCAGCAGAUUGCAGCCGGGAUGGUCUACCUUGCUUCUCAACACUUUGUUCAUCGUGACCUAGCAACACGUAAUUGUCUUGUUGGGGAAAAUUUACUUGUCAAGAUUGGGGAUUUUGGGAUGUCAAGAGAUGUGUACAGCACUGAUUACUACCGGGUCGGUGGCCAUACAAUGUUACCAAUUCGCUGGAUGCCUCCGGAGAGUAUUAUGUACAGGAAAUUCACAACAGAGAGUGAUGUUUGGAGCCUAGGUGUUGUAUUAUGGGAAAUAUUCACAUACGGCAAACAACCUUGGUAUCAGCUAUCUAAUAAUGAAGUCAUUGAAUGCAUCACUCAGGGACGUGUCCUGCAACGUCCUCGCACAUGCCCAAAGGAAGUAUAUGACCUAAUGCUUGGCUGUUGGCAACGUGAGCCUCAUAUGAGGCUCAAUAUUAAGGAGAUACACAGCCUUCUUCAGAACCUGGCCAAGGCUUCACCUGUAUAUCUGGACAUCUUGGGUUAAUCUUUCACCUAUACAACACUCUUGACUGUGGAAUGUGUCUGUAUGUGUUUGUGUGUAUGUGAGCAAGCUUGAGUGAGUGUACGAAUGUGAAUGAGAAUGUAGUUGGCACCCAGCUCUUUAUCUCUCUGAUGGUGUUAAUGAAGAAGAAGACAAGGAGAAGCUUUUUCUCAAAGGGCAACCUCAAUCUACAGUAAUUCUUUUCAAAUCAUUUAGACAAAUGAAUGACCAGUGUUAUCUUCCCCAUUACCGAUUCUGCUUCUGCUCUGUCUUACUCCACAUUGACAGAAGGCCUUAUAUCUGAUUAUGUGUGUUUCUUUCUUUUCUCUCCCCCAAAACAUUCAUAACAAAACUGCCUUCUUACAUUCUUGCCUUCGACUGGGAUGAAAAAAGGGAAACUGACUUUUGAAAUCUGUAAAUAUUCCAGUGUUAGAUGGAAUACGUGUUCAUUUCAACUUUCACUUUUUCUUUUAGAAGAAAGUUGUAUGGUAUAAUGAGCAACAUUAAAUGAUUUUUAUUUUUUUUUUUUUUGUUCAAAAUUUAUCGUAUUUUUUUUUAAUGAGGACACCGGGCAAUAGAAGGGAAAAUUAUUCUCUGAUUUUUUCACUGCAAAGACGGACUUGAUUGUGCUUUGGAUCAGACUCUGAAUCAGUAACAUACCUAACAGAGCAUAAUCAUUAUUUUGUUUUUCAUUCAUUUGCCAAACCCCUUACCUGUGUGUUUAUUUUUUUGCUCUGUGGCACAUAAUCCCUUCACAUUAAAUGAGUCUAUUCUUCACAGGAAAUCUUGUGUGCACAAAAAUGGGUACACAAUCAAACCAAAAUCAUGAGUAACUAAAGAUGGCAAUUGAUAUAUACUGGGAGGCACUAAAGUGGCAAUGCCAUUUGACUGCAAGUAAGGCCACAAUCUACAGACAAUCAUCAAGAACUGCAGGCUUGGACUAAUGCACAGUAUUAAUUUCAGGGUCAGCCACUGAAGGCAAUGGACUUCCUUCCGUAAUGCAGCGGUUGUAAAUUCCCUGACAAAGCAUCAUAAGAUGUGCUACUUGCAAUGCUUUCUUCUUCUUUUUUUUUAAAUUCUUAUCCCUUAUUUUAUGGAACAAUGCUAGAUUUUUGUAUGGCCUUUAUACUUUACACACUUUUAUGUCUGAAUGUCAAACUACUCAUGAAUGAAGCUAACCAUUCCUACUAGUGUUCAAAUGUGAGGGCUAAUUUACUAAUCUGCAGAUAAGUGACUUGAAAUUGUUGAAAUAUGAUGGUAAAAAUAGAGAUUUUGAAAUGCAAAAGCUCAGCGAGCGAGCUAAACAGAAUCUGCCGGAAUCAUACUAUCAUACUACAAGGCAAAUCUUAACAUGGUAUUCUCAUCCUUUAGCUAGAAGUUUGUUUCUGACAGACAUUGCAUGACUACUGCACGAUGAAGCAUGUUUGUCGUGCCAAAAUUUACUUAAUUCACACAUAAGCCACCUGCAUUCAGAUACUUAGGAAUUUUAGCUGAACCACUAAGAGAUAAUUUAAAUAUGGUACUAAAUGUAUCUGUCAAGAAUGCUUCAGUGUCUCUUUCUGAGAGAGAGAGAAUGUCACACUGCUUGUACUGGUCCAUUACAAUAGUAGUAGUAGCAGUAGCAUUAGUUGUAGUAAUAGUUGCUGUACUGUAGUAACACAUAGCUCAGAACUUUUCUUGAGUGAGCUGUUGAAAUAAACAGAUGGUAAGCGUCCAUUUAAUAGGGGAUUUAUUUUUACUUUAUGUUUGAUAAGUCGUUUAUUUGACAAAAGCACUUUUUUUAAAUUUUAAUCAUGUGAUGAAUUGAUUAAUAACACUGUAAGGUGAAAAUCACUACUGACCUUAUGAUUAUUUGUUAAUUCUGGGGGGGGGUCCGAUAUUUACAAUAAGUAUCAAACCAUUUAUUAUGUAAUAUACAUCCAUAACUUUAGCUGCCUUUAUGAAAGAAAAGCACAUAUGCAUAAUUUUUAAGGAUGUUCUUCAAAAUGAUAUGAGCAAUGUCAAAGGAAUAUAGUAUGGGAAGUUUUUUUUGAAAAUAUGUAGUUAAUGUGAGUAAGAAAAGAGAAAAAUCCAUGUAACUGUGCACUAUUACUUCAUUUCAAGUGACUGAGAAAAGCAGUCUUCUCAGAAAUCCUUUGAGUACCAGUUUUACACCCCUUACCUAUUUUCAUUUUCAAUGCUGGUAAUCAUCAGCAGAGCCCAGUCCUUGGGACAACGUGACAAUCGGAUGUUUAUUGCUUUAAGCAGCACUAUAAUGAACCCUAAAUUUCUCAGUGGUUCAUUUUUUUAACUUAACUGUUUGUUUGCUAACAAAUAAGAAUGAUCAAUAACUAUUAUUCUACUGAUUCAUUUUUUUUUUCUUUUACCAUUGCAGUAUUUUUUUAAUAAUUUAUUGUAUGGCAUUUGCUUAACUCACGCUUACAACAAGGGCAAUGUCAGUCAACCUGGAUCACAAUGAUUCUAUUUUUAUUUUUGUAAAAAAGAAAUGGGGGUGGGGGGAUUCAGAUGCAGGAGGAGGACAAGGAGAAACUUUGUUAAACAUGUCUUUGGAAAAGAAAUUCAGCGCUGUAACAAUUUCUAAGACAAACCAACCUCACUUUGAAAGGGAAAAAUAAAGGGACAUUGAUGAAAAAAGCCCAAAUAAAGGCAGGUAUAGGGAGUGAUGAGGUUUUUCUUGCUGCUGGACCUUAAUGUAAAUACAUAGUUUAAUUUUAUUUAUAUAAUAUUUUUAAUUAAUUUUCCUUCAUCAUUUGUUAAUUGAUGAUAUAUCCUAAUCUCUAAUUAAUUAAAAGUUAAUGGUUAUGUGAUUCAUAUUAUAUAGUUAUUUACAGCAAUUAUUUAUGAAAACUUUUCAAGAGAAAAUGCUUUUUGUAUUUUUUUUGUAUUAACUUUUGACCGUUUGAAAUGUAUAUGUUUACUAUGUGAUAAUAUCACUAUGAUUAAGACUUUGUUGAAUAAGCAAAUGAUACGGUAUGUCACCAUUUGUCAGGGGUGAUACCUGUCUGUGAGCCAUGUAUAAGACUGCUCUUGCUGGCUAAGUCCUUUAGUUUGAUGGACUGCAUUUUGGUUUUAAAUUCUGAUGCGAGAGUGAAUGAAGAACAUCCCAACUGUUUCUAGAGGCUGGCAGCUGCCAGUCGCUAGCUCUGUAAUUUAGAACCGAAUGUGUGCUUGGAGUUGGCUAGGCUGCAAAAUAGCAGCAUCUAUGUGUGUAGUAUGAAUGGCAUGGGACAUUGGGGGACAGCCCAUUAGUGUAAUGGAUUUAAGUCAAAUGUUCUAAUUCCUGGUAAGGCCAUGCGUCACCUCAGUCAGUGCUCUGUCUGCUUGUUAGAACUUGGAGCAGUACAAGAACUUGCUUGGUAGUGUUGGUGCUACUCUGAGGCAUUUGCAGUUACUCCUCCAUCAGUCUUAGCCCUAAAGUGUAGCAGAUUGUACUCCUCGUGUCGACAGCCAGGAAUCACUGGUCUGAUACAGUUAUGACUGUUGGCAGUCACCUGUGUGACAUACAGUAUAAUUUUUUGGGAAAUAACAUUUGACACUUUCGUAGGGAGAUUUAUUUGUUGUCACCAGUCUCUGGGAUUCCUAUAAUAAUUGCUUCUGUGGCAAUAAGACUGAGUGGACCGGUGGCUUCAUGUGGAGGUUUGCUGUUAACAUUUUUUUUUGGUUAAUGGCUUAUUGUAUCCCAAACAUUGUAUUACUGCUACUGUUAAUUUUAGAUUGUGAAACAGCUUUCUGAAGGAAGUUGGUGUAUGGUCUUCAGUAUUAGUUAUGUAUUUAUUGUUUCUCAGCAGUAGCACUUUUGUUGGCAAAGGCUGAGAUUGGGGCUGAGGUUUGAAGGCCAAAUCUUGAAGCCUUAAAAACAAUUUUCUUCCCACAGCACACUGCUACAGAUGGAACACAAAGUGUACAUUUGUAGAGGGAAAGCUAUGUCACUGGAGAGGAUUUUAUUGUAGGUUAUUUUCUGAGCAGCAUGGGCCAUUCUUAUCCAAUAUAAUGCCUGUUAGGCCAAAGUAAUAUCUGUGAUAAAGGUACUUUGUAUAUUAAUUUAUACAUUGAUAAUGUCUUAUUUGUGUUUUAAAGAUACUCCUGAUCUAAUUCCUUCCCUAAUCAUUAGGCCCUCUAGUAUCUAGUACAUACCAUAGCUCAGUAUUAAAAGGAACAGAGCCUUGAGAUAGAUUUAAAAAAACCUGUGUUAUCAGCAUGAAUUUAGUUUUAGUCUAUUUUUAUUACAGAUACAAUAAUUAAUUUACAUUGGCAAAUGUUUACAACCAACAAACUUAAAAUAAGUUACAUGUUGAUAUGUGGCUGUUUAUUUUUGUGGGGAGGGAGGGUGAGGGUGUGGUGAGAGCAUCAUGAAUAUUUUCUCGGGAUGUUAAAGAGCACUGUGUCAUUGUUCUUAAACUUCUUUUUGAAUGCACUGUUUUGUUGAAGAUCAUCAAAGCAUCUUUAUAAAGCCUAAAAUGUGAACUUACCAAUUCUUGUGCACAGAAAUAUAGGCAACGCCUUGGCUUUCUGAUUGUCCUGACUCUAAAAGUAAUGCUCUGCAUAUGGAGGAGCAAUUUCACAGCGUUGGAGUACAGUUUUCCUUUCCCCAGAAAACUAUUAUGUAUUUAUUUUCUUGAAAAUAUGAGGAUAAAAACAACAAACUGUGACUUCACUUAAUGAACACUCAUCUAUUUUGAGAAUAUAUAUGUAUGUGUUCAAUAUCUUUCUUUUCAGUUUGUAAACAUUAAAUGAAAGAAAUGACUUUUUCAAUCAUAGAAGGUUCCAGAUGCUGUACUUUAGAUACGUGGUGUCUCUGUGCUAACAGUUUAGUAGAUCUUUGCAGUGUGUUAAAGGCAUCCAUGGCUUAAAACAAUUCAUUGCAUCUUGGCUGAUUUGUACCUGAUGCCCGAGUAUUAGUAUGGUAUUGUUUGUGUAUCAUGUGAACAGCUUCUCAAACUGAAAUGGAAAAGUCCCUUGUAAUACAUUGUAUUUAAUAAAAGUAUUAUGUCUUACAAUAAAACACUGGCUAGACAAAACAG